AUGAAACAGGCUGUUGCUGCUGUCUUUGACAAGACAAUACAUCGGUUGUGCAUGUGGCACAUUGUUAAAAAGAUACCUGCUAAGAAAUCGGGUGACUCAUCAUCAAAUGCUGAUCUACGUAAAUCGAUACACAAAUUGGUAUGGAACCUGUUUAUCACACCGGCAGAAUUUGAAGAAAGAUGGCAGAUACUUAUGAACGGCUUAGAGUUGAGUGAUAAUAACUGGUUGAAUGAAAUGUUUUCCAUUCGUGAUCAAUGGGUCCCUUGCUAUUUUCGAGAGGUUCCUAUGUGUUGUUUGAUGAAAACAACGUCUAGAUGCGAGAGCUCGAACGCGCUGUUUAAAGUACAUUCCGGUGGAACCAAUACUUUGGUGCAGUUCAUGAUGUGUUUUGAUACAGCAAUCGAUGGUCAGCGUCAGAAGCAGCGCCAAGCAGAGUUUGACAGUAACACGACAACGCCGUUUAUGCCUAACAAGAUUCCUAUAGAGAUGCAUGCCUUUGAUAUAUACACCCGUACAAUAUUCCUAGAAGUGCAGAAGGAGAUUUACAAAGGAUUGACACGCUGUUUUAUAAUUAGAUGCGAGGAACUUGAUGAUAUUAAGUUCUAUACUAUUGCACAUACGAACAAGAGUUGCAAAAUUGUCAAUGAAUAUAAGGUUGAACUUGAUGUGCGUGAUAACACGGUUUCUUGUACGUGUAUGUGUUUCACUCGUAACGGCUACUUGUGUAGGCAUGUUUUUUGUGUAUUCAGGUUCAACCAGAUUGAUAAGAUUCCUGAUAAAUAUCAGUCCAGCCGGUGGGAUAGGGAUGUGCUUCCAAACAGGGUUCAUGCUAUUUCAAAUAGAUAUGCAGCUGACAAUGACCCAGAGUCUGUAAUAAGGAACAAGAUAUUUGAUUUGAUUGGUCAGUGUACUAUCCGUUUGAGACGUAAACCUGACAAACUGCCUGCACUGUCUACACAAAUAAGAGAGAUCAGAGAUAUCAUAUACGAGGAGUUUCCAUCUGAACCAGAUUGUAACAAUAAGAGUGCGGUUAUAAGUGAUAUCAUCGGGCAGCCCGAAAACGUUGAAGUUACUAUUCACCCACCACAAGGCAUCAGGAAUAAAGGGUGUGGCACCAAUAAGCGGCUAAUUGGUCCGGGAGAGAAAGCUGUAGAGAACCACAAAAAGAACCCGCGUUUAUGUCAUCGAUGUAACAAGUAUGUGUAUGAUCAUGAUAAACGUAAAUGUGUGAAAGUGCAAGCUGCUAAAGAGGCGGCAGCAGCUGCUGCUAAAGAGGCUGCAGCCGUAUCUAGUUCUGGCCGUUAA